AUGUCAUCAACUUCGGUCCCGAGCACAGCACACGCUGACGAAGUCAUCCGAGGGGGGUAUGGAAGAAUAUUUGAAGGCCACACAGUCUUCCUGACGGGAAGCACCGGGUGCCUAGGAGGCUGUCUUCUGUAUAAGCUGGCUUUGCAGACACCAACUCAUAAGAUCUUCGUGUUGGUCCGGGGAAGCUCCCAGCGGGCAAUCGAGAAAUGGAGAAAAUUGAUGCCCAAUCAUGCACAGGCUAUUCUAGCCACGAAGAAGGUCGAGUUUGUCAUUGGGGAUGUCAAAAAAGUCGAUUUUGGGAUUCAAUCUGCCCUUCUGCGGAAACUUCAAAACCAAGUCACCCUGAUUAUCCACACAGCAGCCAAAAUUUCCCUUGAAGGUCCCAUUCAAGAUGCACUCGAGAGCAAUUGUCUCCCUGCGUUGGAAAUGGCACGAAUUGCCUCUUUGUUUCAGCGAUUGAAGCUCCUUGUGCAACUGUCUACUUCAUACGCCAACAGCCAUCUCCCUGAUGGUCCGGUCCUAGAGCGGAUAUAUCCAAUGGGAGACAGCGAUCCAGAGGAAGAACUGGCAUCUAUUCUGGCACUGGGGGAGUCUGCAUACGCAGCUCAAUUUUCAUCCAGUUACACCCUAGCCAAGCACCUGAUGGAACGUCUUCUUCUGAAACGCUUUCCAACUCUUCCAAUACUGUUGGUGCGACCCACAAUCUUCGGCCCUGCGUUGAAACAUCCAUAUGUGUUAUAUGGACCAGAAGAUUCCACCCCUCUCACCAAGUUUGCUCGGUUUUGGUACGCUGAUCGUGGAGCCACCCAGGUCUGGCAUGCCACCGAAGGCUACAAAUCCGGGGCAAACACCUUGGAUGAGAUACCGGUGGACUUGGUGGCCAAUGCAUGUUUACUACAUGCGGCAGCACGCACAACAGGAAUUGUCCAAAUCGGUUCCCAGCUCUACCACCCAGUGACAUUCGACGAGUUCUUCGACCUGGCCCAAGAAACCGCCACCCCGCUCGUCCAGCGAGAAAUGCCCAAGCUCGUCUUUACGGAGGACCGCAGUGCACCGCAGUGCUUCCUUGCAGAGCUUAUCCAGGUUGGAACGCGCAAUUGGCUGUUCGAUUGUGGCCGGUCCUAUUGGUUGAAGCAAGUCUGUGGGCCGUUAAGUCUACGAGUAUGCAAGCACGAGGCCGAUAGUUUGAACAAGAUACGGAUUCUAGAUGUUUCUGGGAUUUCGAAAGAGAAGGCGAGAAUCUGA